AUGAAAUAAAAUCAAGUCUGUAGAUUUAAUAAAUACUUCUAUCGUGAACUAUACCCUAAUAGAUACUUAGAAUUAUGCAGAGCAAUAGCUAUCAAUCAUGACAAUACUUUGAUUAUUGCUGCAGCUGAAUCAAAUAUCAAAGUCAUUUAGAUCAUUUUACCACUUCUUUCAUAAUAAGAAGCCUAUCCAGCUACAAGAACAACAUAAUCUAUUAGAUAAAUUGAAAUACUUAAAGGUAAACAUUCGGAUUUUGUGUCUUCUCUUAUGUUUUUCAAAAAAACUCCAUCAAUGAGAAAUUCAUUUAUCUCAGGUUCAGAUGAUAAUACUAUUAUUAUUUGGUCACCCCUUAAUUCAUUCGAAUUUACAAUACCAUCUAAGUGGGAAGUAUAAUGUAUACUAAAAGAACAUACAAAUAGUAUCACAUGUUUAGUUUUACUAACUUCAUCAGAAGAUCUUAUUAUUAGUGGGUCUUAAGAUAAGAAGAUAAAAUUUUGGUCUCCUCCAUCAACUUAACCUUCUUUAUCAUGGACAUGUUUAUAGACUAUUGAAGAACAUACAUCUACAAUUUUUGGAUUAUCAAUUAAUCAAGAAGGUACUAAAUUGCUCUCUUGUGCUAGUGAUUUUUAAAUAUUAGUGAUGGAAGGCUCUAAUAAAACAUAAUGGAAUAUUAGAUAAAGAAUAUCAGUAGAUUAAUGGGGAUAUAGAUUAUGUUUUAUAAAUAAUCAUGUUUUUACAUUUUAACCUAUAGAAACAGCUCCUCAAUUAUAGGGAUCAGCACAUAUUCAUAUUUUUAUUUACAAUAACCGAAAAGAAUAGUAUUUAAAAUCAAAAACAGAAUUGGUUUAAGGUAGUGGAUAAUAUGAAAAAGAAUGA